GUUCGGUCCGACGCUGGUUACACCGGUCAUUGGACGAGCGAAUAAUUAUUAAAUAAUUGUGUUGUUAUUGGGUGAUUGUUUUCAUCUGCUCUGGUAGAUCAAAGUGUUACCAUUGAACGAAAAUUCCCUCGCGGUGUGCAGGAGUAUUGCUCCUGGGGAGGCAUGCUCAACAAUAUCUCCGCUGGAGCUUCCGUUCAUGGCAUCACCGGAACGAAGGAACUUCAUGCACAGGAGCUGAAGCACGAGAAAUUGGAGAGCGUGCUGGGGGCUAAUUUGGCUGGAAGUCUGUCCAGUGGUGGAGGCCUGACGCUUCAUCAGGAGUUGAUAAUGGGAAUGCCUGGAGCAGGGAAUGCAGGAACGAUCGGCCAAGGCGACGACAAACCGGCGAAACAGAAGAGACACCGGACGCGGUUCACACCGGCACAGUUGAACGAGUUGGAGAGGUGCUUCGGAAAGACUCAUUAUCCGGACAUAUUUCUCAGGGAAGAGAUCGCUAUGAGGAUUGGCCUGACUGAGAGCAGAGUGCAGGUCUGGUUUCAAAACCGCCGAGCCAAAUGGAAGAAGCGUAAGAAGACGACGAAUGUCUUCAGAACCCCGGGAGCACUAUUACCCUCCCACGGACUGCCGCCAUUUGGAGCGAUGGGCUCAGACCUGUGCGGCGCAGCUGCUGGAAUGUUCCACGCGCCUACUGACCGGUGGGGAAUGGGCCCAGGUCUUGGACAGCUGGGCCAGGGUGGAAUGGGCAUGGCUGGCUUUGGCCAGAGCCUCGGACAGCUCAGUCAGCAGGGCUCGGGGGGUCUUGGCUCCAGUCUUGGCCUGGGGAAUUCAGCGCUGCCUAUCAGUAGUCCUUCCCAGACUGUUUAUCAAGCUAGUUAUGGACUCAAUUCCUUGGGUGGUGUUCACGUGUCAGCGUCCCGUGGUUCACCACCGGGUGCCUUGACAGUGGGUACUGGUGGUGGACAGGGUGGAGGUGGCCUGGGUGGUGGCAUGAACUGCGGACAGGGCUCGCCGGGUGCUGCAUCCGGCAGUGGUGGCGGUGUAUCCUGUGUGGGUAGCGCAGACGGUAGCGCUGGUGAGGCAUCAGAUUGGAGAGGUGCUCACAGUAUUGCGGCGCUCAGGCGUCGUGCAUCCGACGCAUCCCAGCAGUACAGUCCGCAGCCACCACCGCCCCCAGGACCGCCCCAGUACUCGUCCCACGAUCUCGAGUACAGUUCCGUUUACUGAGGCUGAAUCAUCACAACGUCUAAAUAUAUAUUGAAUUGAAUGGGAAAAUUCCUUCGGGAGAGAUUAAACCGGAAAUCAUUGGUAUACGAGGAGAGUUUUAGUUUUAUUUCGUUAUUUUAUUUAUCUCGGGGUGUCGUUUGUUGCGAGCUAAGCCGAGGGCGAUUAAGUGAGAAUUGAAACAUGUAUACGAUAAAGAACGAGAAGUUUAAAUUAGUUUUAAUGUAUGGGAGUCGUGUAAAUAAAUAACAGUCGAGGCCGAUCCUCCGAUGUUUUUGCAGUGUUGCAAUUGCAGAAAUGGAUAUUGAAUUCGGGGAAUUGUUCGCAUUAUUUUAUCUCGUCGAUUUUUUUUAUCACUGUUGGAUCUCUCUGGAGGUGCAUUAUUGAGUCACUGAGAGAAAAGAAGUAUUUGCGAAGAGCAGAAUCGCAAUAGAAUCGCAAGUUAAUAAUUUGCAAAAAUGGAAUCUAGUGCUCAGGUUGAAUUCGA